UUCUCACCACCACCUUCCUACAGAAAAUAAUUAAUAAAAUAAUAAUAUAAUAAUAAUGGCUAAUAUGGCCGGAGGAGAGCAAGAGCUUCUGUCGACGGAAAUAGUCAACCGCGGAAUCGAGUCGUCGGGUCCCGACGCCGGGUCGAUGACGUUUUCCGUCAGGGUUCGUAGGAGGCUGCCGGACUUUGUUAACUCCGUUAACUUGAAGUACGUGAAGUUGGGGUACCAUUACUUGAUCAAUCACGGCGUUUACCUGGCGACGAUACCGGUGCUGGUUCUGGUUUUCGGGGCGGAGGUGGGAAGUCUGAGAAGGGAGGAGCUGUGGCGGAAGAUCUGGGACACCACCGCCGGAUACGAUCUCGCCUCCGUCGUCGCUUUCUUAGCCCUCUUCGUAUUCACUCUCUCCGUUUACUUCAUGUCUCGCCCUCGCUCCAUUUAUCUUCUUGAUUUUGCUUGCUUCAAACCCACCGAUGAUUUCAAGGUAACGAAAGAGGAGUUCAUCGAACUAGCCCGGAAAUCGGGCAAAUUCGACGAAGAAAGCCUCGAAUUUCAGAGAAGAAUCCUCGAAUCCUCCGGCAUCGGCGAUGAAACCUACGUUCCGAAAUCCAUCGGCUCGCCGGAAAACACCGCCACCAUGAAAGAAGGCCGCGCCGAAGCCUCCGCCGUCAUUUUCGGAGCACUGGACGAGCUCUUCGAGAAAACUCAGGUCCGGCCAAAAGACGUCGGCGUCCUCGUUCUGAACUGCAGCCUCUUCAAUCCGACGCCGUCGCUCUCCGCCAUGGUGAUCAACCACUACAAGAUGAGGGGAAACAUCCUGAGCUUCAAUUUGGGCGGGAUGGGAUGCAGCGCCGGCGUGAUCGCCGUCGAUUUGGCGCGUGACAUGCUUCAGGCAAACCCUAGCAGCUACGCCGUCGUGGUGAGCACGGAGAUGGUUGGGUACAAUUGGUACCCGGGGAAGGACAGAUCUAUGCUAAUCCCGAAUUGCUACUUCCGGAUGGGCUGCUCCGCCGUGCUGCUCUCCAAUCGCCGCCGCGACUACGGCCGCGCGAAGUACAGGCUGGAGCACAUAGUGAGGACGCACAAAGGCGCCGACGAUCGGAGCUUCCGCAGCAUCUACCAGGACGAAGACGGCGAGAAAUUCAAGGGGAUAAAAAUCAGCAAGGAUCUGGUCGAAAUUGGGGGCGACGCCAUUAAAACAAACAUCACCACAUUAGGGCCGUUGGUUCUGCCGUUGUCGGAGCAGCUCCUCUUCUUCUCGACGCUGAUCUGGAAGCUCCUCUUCGGCGGCGGCGGCGGCAAUUCCCCGCCGGCGAAACCCUACAUCCCGGACUACAAGCUGGCGUUCGAGCACUUCUGCCUCCACGCCGCCAGCAAAACGGUGCUGGACGAGCUCCAGAGGAACCUGAAACUGAGCGACGAGAAUCUGGAGGCGUCACGCGCCGUGCUGCACAGAUUCGGAAACACCUCCAGCAGCAGCGUGUGGUACGAGAUGGCGUAUCUGGAGGCGAAGGAGCGGGUCAAGAGAGGGGACCGGGUCUGGCAACUCGGGUUCGGGUCGGGUUUCAAGUGCAACAGUGUGGUGUGGAAAUCGAUGCGGAGAAUCAGGAGGCCGUUGAGGAAUCCGUGGCUUGACUGUGUGGAGAGGUAUCCCUCUCUGCUGGAAUUUCAGGGAUGAAUUUGUUAUUUUAUUAUCUUUUGGGGUUUGUUUAAUUAAUUUAAAUUGUUUGGCAUUUGUCUACCAAAAAAAGAAUACAGGUUUAUAGAGUUUAUUUAUCUCACAAGGGGAAUUGCUUUUUUCAAAUUUUCUUUUUUAUUUUAUUGCCUUUUAAUUCGUAUUGGUGUAAUUGGUAUGAAACUCUAAUUCAGGAAUUAUUGUUCGGUAGACUCUAAAUAUUAUGUGGAAUAUGUAUUUCAUGUACC